AUGGCGGAGACACAGCCCAAACAAUGGGGCGUCACGGCACCCAUCUCGACACAGCAGCCCUCGCCGGCCGAUCUGAAGCUGAAUGAUGAGCUUGUCGAAGAGCUCAAGCGCCAGAAUGUCUUUGAAAGCCCCGAGGGUUCUGACACGAGAGUACGGGUUCUCAGGCAUCUGCAGGAGGUCGUCAACAAGUUCUGCCAGCACGUCGGCAAACUCAAGGGUCUUCCGCAAUCGACCAUCGACACAAUGAGCGGAAAGAUCUUCUGCUUUGGCAGUUACGCGCUUGGUGUUCACGGGCCUUCCUCUGAUAUCGACACUCUUAUCGUUGCGCCCAAGUCAGUUUCCCUCAAUGACUAUUUCGAUCACUUCGAAGGCAUCUUCAGAGAGAUGUCUGACGAGAAGCUCAUCACCGAGAUGAAUCCUGUGCCCGACGCUUUCGUCCCGCUCAUCAAAAUGGAAUACUCUGGAGUCAGCAUCGAUCUUCUCUUCGUUUCGCUCCCCUCCAUGACGCAGAUACCAAAGGAUCUCGAGGGUGUUGACAAGAACAUGUUGCGUGGCCUUGACGACACAGCUAUGCGCAGUGUGAACGGAACUCGUGUCACACUGGAGCUCAUGCAGUCGAUACCUCAGAUCAAGAGCUUUCGACAUGCCUUACGAGCGAUCAAGCUUUGGAGUAACCAGCGAGGCAUAUAUGGAGCUGUGUUUGGAUUCCCGGGAGGUAUCGCUUGGGCCAUCAUGGUCGCUCGCAUCUGCCAGCUGUACCCAAUGGCGUGCGGUGCUACCAUUCUCACCAAGUUCUUCAGGCUGAUGGGCAAAUGGCCGUUCCCACGACCUGUCAUGCUGAAGAACAUCGAAGAAGGUACACUGAAUCUUCGUGUGUGGAAUCCGACGCAGUAUCCCGGUGACCGGGCCCACUUGAUGCCCAUCAUCACGCCUGCGUUCCCGUCUAUGUGCGCCACCCAUACGAUCAUGCACUCGACUUUGGACGUCAUGAGGGAGGAGUUCGAACGGGCUGAUCAGCUCAUCAACAGCGAGAACGGGAUACUUGAGGGCAAGAAGCAAUGGAAAGACCUCUUCCAAAAGCACACUUUCUUCACGAAGGACCACAAGUACUACUUGAGUGUCAUCGCGGCAAGCCGUACUGAGAAGGCGCACUCUACAUUCUCUGGACUGGUACAAUCCAAGUUCCGUUUGCUGUGCAAGAACAUCGAGGAUGGCCAAUGUGGUAUCGAAAUUGCGCGACCAUGGAUGAAGGGCAUCAACCGGUUCCAUCGAUACGAGAACGAAGAGCAGGCGGACAAGAUCAUUGUAGGAAGCACCGAAUUCCAGAUUCCGGCGUCAGAGGUCCCUGCUACUUCGGCCGCCGAAGAACCAUCGAAAGGCAUCAUGUACACCACGACUUUCUACGUGGGUCUCAAGUUGAAGCCUGAUGGCACCAAAUCGCUCGAUAUUUCUUACCCGGUGGGCGACUUCAGGAACCUCGUCGUAAGCAAUAACGGAUAUAAUGACGAGACCAUGUCCGUUCGUGUGGUUCACACUCGCAACACCCAACUCCCCGACGACCUGUUCAGCGAAGGCGAGACGCGGCCUCAGAAGCCCCCUAAGAAGGAGAAGAAGAGAGACGCGAACAAGGCUGCUAAGCGCCACUUUGCCGAGACAGGGCUCGACGACAGCGAACAUGCAACAGCAAAGCGCCAACAGUCCGAGCAUGCCACCAACGGAGUAUCUACGCCGACGGCAGCAUAA